GCAGGCACAGACGCUGGCAACCACCGGGAGUGCAAGAUCCUGUGGCAGCAGAGGCUGGAGUAAAAGGCAGAAGUGGCUGUAGAUCCAAUGGGGCUUUUACCUGGUCUGCUGCUCCUGAGCCAACUAACAAUGAUCACCUAUGGUCAUCCUAUCCUGGAAGCACCAGAUAGUGUGACAGGGCCCUGGAAGGGAGACGUGACUAUUCCCUGCACCUAUGGUCUCCUGCCAGGCUACACCCAAGUCUUGGUGAAGUGGCUAGUACAACGUGACUCAGACCCAGUCACCAUCUUCUUGCGUGACUCCUCUGGAGACCAUAUCCAACAGGCAAAGUACCGAGGCCGCCUACACUUGAAUCAAGAGAUUCCAGGGAAUGUGUCCCUCCAACUGAAUGUGCUGGAGAUGGAUGACCGGAGUCACUAUAUAUGUGAAGUCACCUGGCAGAGCCCUGAUGGCAAGCAAGUGGUUAGAGAUAAGAUGAUUGAGCUCCGCGUCCAGAAAUUGCCUGUCUCCAAGCCCACAGUGACAAGUGGCAGCAGCUAUGGCUUCACCGUGCCCCAGGGAAUGAGGAUUAGCCUUCAAUGCCAUGCUCAGGGUUCACCCCCCAUCAGUUACGUUUGGUACAAAGAACAGGCAAAUAACCAGGAACCCAUCAAAGUAGCAGUCUUGAGUACCUUAUUCUUCAAGCCUGCAGUGCUGGCUGACUCCGGCUCCUAUUUCUGUAUUGCCAAAGGUCGUGUUGGCUCUGAGCAACGCAGCAACACUGUGAAGUUUGUGGUCAAAGACUCCUCUAAGCCACCCAAGAUCAAGACUGAGGCACCUUCCAGUACUGAGGCACCUAUACGCACACAGUUGCCCUUGGCAGUGACAUCUACAACGAACCAAUCCUGGAACCGGACCAGUGAAGUGGAUCGAUACCAUGGUACGACCAUUACUGGGCCAGGAAAGGGCCUGCCCAUCUUUGCCAUCCUCCUUAUCAUCUCUUUAUGCUGUAUUGUGGUUUUUACCAUGGCUUAUGUCAUGUUUUGCCGGAAGACAUCCCAACAGGAGCAUGUCAACGAAGUGGCCAGGAUGAAUGCCAGGGAAGCCAGCAACUCUCAAGAAACCAUGAGGGUGGCCAUCUUCGCAAGUGAUUGCUCCGGCGAUGAGUCAGCUUUCCAAGUUCUGGGCAACAACUACUCUGACAAACCCUGCCUGGGCCAGGAGUACCAGAUCAUGACUCAUUCGAAUGGUGACAAAACCUGCCUGCUGAACACAGCUCCCAUAGAUUAUGAGGUUCUGGCAUCUGAGGGCAAGAGCGUUUACUAAAACUGCUCCACUAGGCCAGAACCCACUGAAGUCAUUACUUAUUCAGUCCCUGUCUUCUGCAUGACCCCCUUCCCUGCUAUCAUUCUUCCUAGAUAAAGUGUCUGCCCUGCUGGUACUGAGAUGGCUGGAACCAACUCACUGUGCCUAAUCAUUUACCAUAUGUACCCUAAACAAGUCAGCUUCAGAGUUCAUCCUGAGCCCUUUUAGCAUCCUUACCUGGGAAUUAUCGUACUCCUCUCUAAAAACAAGGUCCUGAUCAUUACACCUCAAGACAUCACUCAAUUUUGGCCUCUUAUCUCCAAAAGGCUACAGGGAAAUUCAGCAUUGUCAGCUCAGGGGAUUAGCUGUGACUCUGAUCACUUCCGUUUCUCCAGGGACAGACAACUUUGAAUUGGUCAUGAUAUCACAGUAUAGGGUUCAUUUCUGCUUUUGAACUAUUAGUUCUCUGUUGUUCUUUUGGCAUUCAAUAAAUAAUGAUAGCAAUCUCAA